AUGGCCUUGGCUCCAUCCGCUGGAUUUCGCUUGAAUGUGCUCCUGCGGAACCUUCAGAGUCCCAGCAACUCAGGCGAACGUUUAGAUGCUGCGAGGCUCCUGAAUACGGCGAAGCAAGGCUCAUCGGCUGCCUUUCUAGCAGAUGCGUUGCGCAGAGAUUCCGAUUGGCAAGUGCGAAGAACUGCUGCCAAGGCCUUAGGCGCCCUUGGUGCCGCCUCAAAGAUCGACGAGCUGCUGGCAGCCCUGGGUGAUGUGAGUCCCUUCGUCAGGGAAGCAGCUGCUGAAGCAGUUGGGCAUCUGACUUUGGGUUCUCGACCAGUCCAGGUUCUCAAUGCCUUGGAGGCAGUUUUGCGCCAUGAUAGCAUUCCAUUUGUGCGAAGUGCGGCUUGUUCCGCCAUCAGGAGACUUGCUGCUGCUGGUGCCAUAUGUGGCCAAAGCUGCAUGGCGCUGGAGGACGCUUUGUCGGACAAUGCUUGGCAGGUUCGUUGGAAUGCAGCGAAAGCACUGGCCUUUGCGGGUUCAGAGCAACAGGUGAGAUCUCUGGCAUCAUGUCUCAGCGAUGAGGUAUGGCUGGUGAGACUCGAAGUUUGCGCUUCGCUUGGCAUGCUUGGAGAUUUAACAGCUCGAGAUGCGUUGGAGAGAGCUUUGAGGUCUGACUGCGAUUCUCGAGUUCGUGAGGAAGCGGCCAGAAGUUUGGCUGCUAUUGGAAAGUCUGCUCGACAACUUGGAGAAUCAACGGAUCUCAGCAGCUGUGCAGAUGCCUUGGUGGCUGCCUUGCAGGAUGAAGAGAUCAAGGUCCGUAGCGCUGCCAUUGCCGCACUGGGGUCGCAAGCUGUGGCGGCGCGUGAGCAUGCGAGCUCGUUGGUUGAACAACUUCUUACGGGAGAUCACGACAUCCGCGCUGCUGUGUUCCGCUUCUUCCAGGAAGCCACCAGCCAUGCUGGCACCCGCUUGGUCGCUGCAGCUUUUGAUGCUGGGAAACGCCACCAGGUACGUCAGGAGGUCGAAGAAAUGAUGGCCUGGUCCAAGGCCAUCGCUCGUCCAGUGCUGCGGGUGGCACAGGAUCUGCGGGCGGCCUCGCAUGAGGCCCGGCACACUGCAGAGCGCCAUCUCUGGUUGUUGGGCCCUGCAGCAGGAAUUUGCCUCGUCAAUGAGGUCAUCAAGGCCAAAGAUGCCGAUUACCCCGAACGGAUGGCAACCAUCCGAGGGCUCAUCUCCUGCUUCACGCGAUCAGAAGGGGCGCGCUUGCCACCUGAUUUGGCUUGUGCUGCUUUGUCUGAAUGGAUCUACGAGCCAUCCCUGGAGCAUUUGCCCGUUCCAGGUUUAGAACUGGUGAAGCUUCAAACACCGGAAGAGCACCAUGGGAUCAAUUUGCAGUGGGCCGUACUCCGAGACUGCUGGGGCAGCUGCUUUGUGGUCUUCCGUGGAUCCGAAACGGUGCUGGACUGGACGGAAAACAGCUACUUGUCCCUUCGACGUGUUGUUGUACCUGCGUGGCAAGGAGUGCUCCUGCUCCACAGUGGGUUUUGGAGCACUGCAGAGGCGGAAUCUCUUUGCCUUUUAGAAGCUAUCCGAGAAGCAUCUGCUGGAGUUCCAUUCGAAACCUUGAUCUUGUGCGGUGGCUCUAAAGGUGGUGCCAAUGCACUGGCUGCGGCCAUUCAGUGGUCAGUGUCCCAUGCAGAACUGGUCGCCGAGGCGCAAGACGAAGCCCUGCCAUGUCGCGAGAUGUUGGUGGUAACUUUCGGAGCUCCAAACAUUGUUGGCAGAGGAAGUGGCAAACCAGAGACAACACGGGCACUUCAUGAGCUUCACACGGUACUGCAAAAGAAAGCUCCCAGGUCUCGAGCUUGGAGUUUUUCACAGGAUCCGGUGCCGGCUCUCAUGAGCGCGCGAUCUCGGCAUGUGAUCUUGCAGUACCACAAAGGUAGUUAUGCCGUGGGUGCUCUUCGCCGCUUCAUGCCAGAGGCCUACAAGAAGGUCAACAAGUAUUUGAAGGAGGCUGCACGUGUCACUACCACCUUCCAGCCGGUGCUUGCCGAGGCUUGGUUGGAUCCUCCUCCAGGUGUCCGCGGCAGCCGCUUCCAGGCCUCGGUUCAUCCACAGAGGAACUACACCGAGGCGCGGAUCCUCGGAUGCUCUCUGUCGACGCCUGUUGAAUUGCUGAACGACGCUGCUGUGAGCAGAGAAGAACAGAAGACAAAAAAUGGCUGGAGUUUGGAGUCAGAGAGUGCGAUUACUGAUGGUGUGAAUGACCAGAUUCUGCUUCAAAGAGUAUCUUUCCUUUCAGGCUACUACUGGACGCUUUCCAAGUGUACAGAGGCCGUUAUCAUUUAUAUUCCCAUUGCUGACGAUGUCAAGAAGCAGGAUGUCAUUUUUGAUUGCCGUGAUUGGACCUUGAAGGCUGGACUGGUCCCAGAGAAAGGCGGCCUGGUGAUCAAUGAUAAGGUUCUAUACGAAGUUGAUGUCCAGGACUCGUACUACACUCUUGAUGAUGGCGAAUAUGGUGAGCGCUGCAUUGUGAUUUGGCUUGAAAAGCGGACACGGGAGCAGAACUGGUAUGCUUAUGAUCGCUUCGAACCUGUGAGUGAGCGCUUCUUACUCGAAGGUGAGAAGAAAAAGGCAGACCUGAAAUUUGAGAUCACGCAGAAAUGUUUCUUUGACAUCGAGAUUGAUGACAACAAAAUGGGACGCAUCGUCUUUGGCCUCUAUGGUGACACGAUGCCUCGAACUGUGGAGAACUUCAAGUGCCUUUGCACUGGCGAAAAGGGAACCAGUGAGAGCACGGGCGAGCCACUCCACUACAAGGGAACCAGGUUCCACCGAGUGAUCCCAGGCUUUUGUGUUCAGGGAGGCCAAACCUUCGAGAACGAGGAGGGCUCAGGUGGUGAGUCCAUCUACGGCCCAGCCUUUGAAGAUGAGAAUCUUCGCAUGAAGUUCAAGAGCAAAGGCUUGAUUGCUAUGGCCAAUGGUGGGCCAAACACCAACGGCUCGCAGUUCUUCAUCACCACUGCCAAGGCUGAGCACUUGAACUUCAAGUCGGUGGGCUUUGGCGAGGUCUUGGAAGGCUAUGAGGUGGUGAAGGCUAUCGAAUCCAUUGGCGCAGUCGAUGGUGAGCCAGUGGAAAAUGCUGUCAUCGUGGAUUGUGGCACUUUGGAGUUCGAAGAUGGUGAGCAGGAUAGAUUAAGGAAUCGAAGAACCCAGGGAGGCGUGGACCUCACCUUGAGAAAUGAGAUGAUUGAAAGGGUGCGUGGAGCCACCGCUCAAGGCCUGUGAGAGUUUUAGCUCUACAUUCAGAAGUAACGACAUGGAAGAGAUUGC